UAAAAGAACAACGAACCAUCUUGACAACUGCACCAAGCUUGUCAACGAGCAACGAUAUUCCUAUAAGGGCGUCGUCCAACCUAAAUAGGUCGGCCGGCAAGAGGAUUUCAUAUCGCUCCUAAACGUGGAAAGGGGACCCCGAAAGACGGGGGUUUAUAUCAUCGGGACGGCAGAUGUCAGGAUGCCGGAACAGAGCAAUGACUAUCGUGUCGUCGUGUUUGGAGCGGGUGGCGUUGGCAAGAGUUCUCUCGUCCUGCGCUUCGUGAAAGGAACCUUUCGUGAGUCCUAUAUACCAACCAUCGAAGAUACUUACAGACAGGUGAUAAGCUGCAACAAAAACAUAUGCACGCUUCAAAUUACGGACACAACCGGCUCCCAUCAGUUUCCUGCGAUGCAACGACUUUCCAUAAGUAAGGGUCACGCCUUCAUCCUGGUAUAUUCGGUAUGCUCACGGCAAAGUUUCGAAGAGCUACGACCGAUUUGGGCUGUAAUAAGGGAGCUGAAGGGUCAAGAAAUCUCACAGAUACCGAUAAUGCUGGUUGGUAAUAAAUGUGAUGAGAGUCCUUCGGUACGCGAAAUUCCGAUGAGCGAGGGUGCAGCGGAAGCGGCCAAUUGGGGCUGUGGUUUCUUGGAGACAUCCGCUAAAACUAAUCACAACGUUAAUGCGCUAUUUCGGGAUCUUCUUACUCUUGAGAAGAAUCGUUCGGUUUCCUUACAGCCGGUGGAAAGUCACAAUGCGAUAAGCCUGAAGGAGAAAUGCGCGGUCAUGUAAUAAUUUCGCUAUAUAUAUUCGUUAUUAUUAUUAUUAUCGAUUAUCUUGAUACAUUUUUACUCAAUCCCAACGACUCCAUGCCCAACAAACAAACACGAACAUCAUCAUCGUCAUCAUCAUCAUUCUCUUUUUUCUCAUAUUUAAACUGCGAUAAUUUCAUCUUUUAAAACGCGAUACAGAGAGAGAAUAUUUUCGGUGAUAACAAGUCGUCGAAUUCCAUUUUGGUAUUAAUUAUCUUCCAAUCGGGCGAUCGGAUUUUACACGAAACCUUUUCCAAUCGACCAAUGCAACAUCUAUCUUUCUUUCACCCUGUCCUCUCUCUCUCUUUCUCUCUCUCUCUCUCUAUCUAUCUAUUUAUCUCUCUCUCUCUCUCUCUUUUUCAUUGUCUAUUCAAAGAUUAUUAUCCCUUUAUUUCCAUAUAAUUUAGAAUUCUCUAAACCAAAAUCUAAUACGAGCUUAAUAAUCGUGAGGGACGCAAUUAUGAAAAUAAAAUUAGUAAUACCUUCGUCGAUAAUGAAAAUCGACAUUUUAUGUAUUAUGAUUCUCUCUCUCACAAUCAGUAUUCCUACAUGUGAGUAAUGCGAGCAUAGAAAAGAACACAUUUCUGUCUCUUAUUUAUUAUUAUUAUUAUUAAUAUUCUUCUUCUUCUUCUUCAUCGAUUUCUUUCUGCUUCUUUUUUUUUUAUAAAAAAUGAUGAAAAAAAAAGGAAUAAAAAAGAAAUAAAGAAUGAAAGAGGGAUGAUAAGAGAUGAUGAGAGACCGAAUUGAUGAUUUGGAAGAAGAAGAAGAAGAAGAAGAAGAAGAAGGAAGAAAGGGAUUAGAGUGGAACAAAUAUAUAUAAUGUUUGUAUGGAAAAGAGGGUGAUGACAAGUAAAUAGAUAAGAGUUGUUAACGAGAUUCCUUUUUGUUAAAUAGUUGUAAGAUUUUUGUAACGACGUGGCUACUUAGAAUUUAUUAUUACGUCACGUUGAAAGUAUAUUAGAAAGAGAAGAGAGAUAUUUCGCGGAAAUAUGCACGUGUACAUAAACAAAUUCAUACAUACAUACAUACAUGCAUGCAUGCAACAAUACAAACAUACAUAUAUACAUGGAUAUAUAAAAAUAGAUACUCAAUGUGAGCGUUAGAAUGAACGUAUGAUAUUUAAUGCGACAACAAAAAAUGAGAAAGACACAUAUACGGAAACCGUGAUACGAGUUAUCUAAUCGCCGUCGAAGCUGUUGUGAUCAUUAGAAUUACGUGCGAAAAUAUGUUUUUCUAUGCUUGCUGUUUUUCGUCCUUUUUCCUUAUAUAUAUAUACAUAAAUAUACAUACGUAAGUAAAUACAUAUUCAUUACAAAUACAUUUGAUGCGACGAGAUACGCGAACUUACGAUGAAACGAUCAUCAUUUUCAUUAUUAUUAUUAUCAUUGUCGUGAUCAUAAUCAUGCAUCAUUAUUGUCAUCGUUUUUAUCUUUAUUUCCUGUGGAUUAUCUUAGAUAAAAAACAAAACUGUACAGACCGAGUUCGGAAAAGUAAAAGUUGUCGAAGCAAACAAGGAUGGUUUUAACAAAAGGGAGAAAAGAGAUGUGUAUCUUACUUUCGUCGAUCUAAUGCACGAUCGAACCCACGCUUCGUAGGUUAUUAUUUUUUAUCUGUAAAAAUAGAUCUCUCGUAGCUGUCACCUUGACAUUUUAUCGUGAGUUUCACGGGAAAACGUGGGUGACGGAUUUUCUUUUGUCAAGAGAGAAUCCUAAAAGAAUGCACAUGCGCGAAUGAGAAAGAAAGAGACCAAGAGAGAGAGA